CCCCUUUAUUCCCCUGGUUAUCCGUCCUCCUUCUCCGUUGACCCAGCACCUCCCCGACACUCUGUCGGUGCUCCGCAGGCACAUGCGCACAGUCGGGGAGGGGGGGCAGGCUGAACGGCAACGCGGUGCUGGCAGCGCAGGCGAGCUGCCGUGGACCAUUGCCGAUCACGUUUUGCCCUGGACGGGUAAACUCAGAACUGGCCGCAGAAGACCCUCUGCACGGCCUGCGCAGUUGCACACUCACGUCGGACGUCGUGUCCGUCCCGGGCUGGCGUUUUCCAGCUUGGCUUGGGGAUGGUCUGAGCCAAUCCGUGCAGAUGAGCGUUGCCCGUUCCUGGUUGUUCGAGUCGGGGGCUGGACUUCGGCAUGUCUUGGGCGCUGUUGGUUUCGAGCGCUUCUGGUGAACCGCGCCUGGACUGGGAGCCAUUGGAGCCUCCCACCACAGAGAGAGACGCACACUCCGUAGCAAUUUUGUCUCCAGCAUCGUGGCUCCAUUGCGCAGUCUCUGUUGCUCGAAAUAUGCGGAAGCUCUCGAGACGCUCUCAAGUGCUAGCAUCUGGUGGCGGGGACGCUGCAAAAGUAUGGGAGACGGUCAACGCUCUUGGAGCGAAACCGGGCAUGAUCAACAUGGGACAAGGCUUUCCAGAUUUUGAAGGGUCUGCCGUUGCACGGCAGCAUGCCGUCGAAGCCAUCAGAAUGGGUGGCGCAGGCAUGAACCAGUACAGUGCACAGCCCGGGCUGCUGCAGCUACGAGAGGCCAUCGCAGGUUUUUGCGAACGUCGACACGGGGCUGUCUAUGAGCCCACGACAGAAAUUGUUGUUACAGCGGGUGCGCAGGAAGCUCUGGCAGCAUCAUUCUUGGCAUUCCUCGAUGCUGGAGACGAAAUUGUAUUGAUCGAGCCGUUCUACCCGUUCAUGCUGGGCUCCGUGCAUCUGGCUGGAGCCGUGCCGCGCAUGGUGACAUUGCAGCCUCCAGAUUUCGGAAUUCCCAUUGCUGAUUUGCGGGACGCUGCGUCCUCGCCAAAAGUCAAAAUGAUCGUGCUGAACACUCCGCACAACCCGACUGGCCAUGUAGCGACUGCGGAGGAAGUCAACGCCAUAGCCGACAUCUGCAGAGAGAAAGACCUCAUCGCCGUCGCCGACGAGGUCUACGAGCACUGUGUCUUUGCAGGCCGAGCCCACCAUCGGCUGGCGGACCUCCCGGGAAUGCGCGAGCGGACCGUCAGCAUCGGCAGCGGCGGCAAGCUCUUUUCCGUCACGGGCUGGCGGGUGGCGCGGGCCGCUGGGCCAGCAGAGCUGCUGAGGCCUCUGGGGCAGGUGCACACGCACCUCACGUUCAGCGCUCCCACGCCUCUGCAGGCUGGCAUCGCAGCGGCACUGGGGGCAGACGAUGGGCUUCACGGUGUCGCGUGCCUCUUCGCCGGCAAUUUUGAGCUCCUGUCGACGGCGCUUCUUUCCGUCCCAGGCGUGAGAAGAAUCUGUGCGGCGCAAGGGGGCUACUUCCUCGUCGCCGAGACAGACCGCCGUGAUGUGGAUUUCUGUACCAUGCUUGCAGAGGAGUACCAGAUGGCUUGCACGCCCAUGUCUGUAUUCUACGUCACGCCAUUCGCAGAAGACUCGCCCUGCAACCUUGUGCGGUUCACGAUCUGCAAGUCCAGGGAACUGAUCGAGCGCGCUUGUAAAGCGUUGGCAGGAAAGCCUAUUGGAGAAGCCGCCACCUCAGCAAAGAGACAGCGCACUGCAUAGCCAGCGUUGCAAAAUACAUCGCGCGCGGUUCGCAUUCGCUCGGAC